AUGUCUAAUAACACUGAACUUACUAAAAACUCAAAUGAGUGUAAUUGGAUUGAAGAUGCAAUUUCUAAAAAACUUAUUAAGUAUUAUGAAUUUGACCAAUUUUGUAAUCCGCAAGAAAUUGGUUUCGGAGGCCUUGGAAAAGUUUAUCGUGCAAUUUGGAAGAAUUAUUACAAACAUUGUGCACUAAAAUCCUUUUUUAUUUUCAAUGACGCUACACUUAAAGCAAUUGUUCGUGAGAUUCAACUUCAGCAUGAAGUUGAUUUUCAUGAUAAUUUUAUCCGUUUUUAUGGUGUCACAUCCACAACUUCCAGUAUAGAAAUCCAAAAAAAAGAGUAUUUGUUAGUAAUGGAAUAUGCCGACAAUGGUACUCUCCGAAAAUAUUUGAAAGUAAAUUUGGAAAAACUCACUUGGAAUGAUAAAUUCAAUCUUGCAUUCCAACUGGUUUGUGCAGUAUCAUGUUUGCAUAACGAAGGGAUCGUGCAUCGUGAUUUGCACUCUAAUAAUGUGUUAGUCCAUCAGAAUACUAUUAAAUUAGCAGAUUUUGGCUUAUCAAAAAGAAUUGAGGAAACAUCCAACUCUCAAUCAAAAAUAUUUGGAUUAAUUCCUUAUAUUGAUCCAAAAAGUUUUAACAGAAGUACAACAACGCCAUAUAUAUUAAAUAAUAAAAGUGAUGUCUAUAGCAUUGGCGUAUUAUUAUGGGAAAUAGCCAGUUGUCAGCCUCCUUUUCAUGGUAAAUCACAUGAUUUUAGUUUAAUUUCAAGUAUUUUACAAGACCUUAGAGAAACACCCACUCAUGAUACACCUAAAGAAUAUAUAAAAAUUUAUACUGAUUGCUGGAAUAUUGAACCUGAUAAUCGACCAACUAUCAAUCAAGUAGUUGAUGAAUUAAAAGCAAUUAUAACAAAAAAAAAUAUAAUUAUAAAAGAUUUUCACUUAUAUGAUAAUAACAAGGAUAUUCAAUCAUCAAAUAGUCAACAGCCAAUUUUAGAUGUUGAAAUUUCUGAAAGUACUAAUUCAUUACAUGGAGAAUUAUCUCAAGUUAUUCAAAAUUGUAGUAUGAUGAAUACGAAAGAUAUAGAAACUUCAAUAUCAUCAAAUAACAGUUUUGAAAAUAGCUUUAAUAUAAUAGUUAAUGAUAUAAUUAAUCUUCUUGAGAAUGAUUGUUAUGAAAUAGGAAAACAGAUAAUCCUAAAUUACCUUGAUAAUCAUAAUAUGGACUUACAAAAAAUUUAUAAUUUAUUAUUAAACAAUCAAAAUAAUUCAAAUUAUAUUGCUUUACUUGGACAUUUUAACUAUUUAGGAAUUGGAAUCAGUAUUGAUAAACAAAAAGCAUUUGAACUAUAUCAAAAAGCAGCAGAUUUAAAAAAUGCAUUUGGAAUGAAUAAUUUAGGAAAUUGUUAUGAAGAGGGGAUUGGAACUAAUAUUGAUAAAAAAAUGGCAUUUCAAAUGACACAAAUGUCAGCAGAUUUAGGAAAUGCAGUUGGAAUAAAUAAUUUAGGAUAUUAUUAUGAACAUGGAAUUGGAACUGAUAUUGAUGAGAAAAAAGCAUUUGAAUUAUAUCGAAAGGCAGCAGAUUUAGGAAAUUCACCUGGAAUGAAUAAUUUAGGAAAUUGUUAUCAAGAUGGAAUUGGAAUUGAUAUUGAUGAGAAAAAAGCAUUUGAAUUAUAUAAAAAGGCAGCAGAAUUAGGAAAUUCAUCAGGAAUGAAUAAUUUAGGAAAUUGUUAUCAAGAUGGAAUUGGAAUUGAUAUUGAUGAGAAAAAAGCAUUUGAAUUAUAUAAAAAGGCAGCAGAAUUAGGAAAUUCAUCAGGAAUGAAUAAUUUAGGAUAUUGUUAUGAACAUGGAAUUGGAACUGAUAUUGAUGAGAAAAAAGCAUUUGAAUUAUAUAAAAAGGCAGUAGAUUUAGGAGAUGUAGAUGGAAUAAAUAGUUUAGGCGUUUGUUAUCAAGAUGGAAUUGGAAUUGAUAUUGAUGAGAAAAAAGCAUUUGAAUUAUAUCAAAAGGCAGCAGAAUUAGGAAAUUCAUCUGGAAUGGAUAAUUUAGGAUAUUGUUAUCAAUAUGGAAUUGGAACUGAUAUCGAUGAGAAAAAAGCAUUUGAAUUAUAUGAAAAAGCAGCAGAAUUAGAAAAUUUAUCUGGAAUGAAUAAUUUAGGAUAUUGUUAUCAAUAUGGAAUUGGAACUGAUAUUAAUGAGAAAAAAGCAUUUGAAUUGUAUCAAAAAGCAGCAGAUUUAGGAAAUUCAUCUGGAAUGGAUAAUUUAGGAGAUUGUUAUAAAGAUGGAAUUGGAACUGAUAUUGAUAAGAAAAAAGCAUUUGAAUUAUAUCAAAAGGCAGCAGAUUUAGGAAAUUCAUCUGGAAUGGAUAAUUUAGGAGAUUGUUAUAAAGAUGGAAUUGGAACUGAUAUUGAUGAGAAAAAAGCAUUUGAAUUGUAUCAAAAAGCAGCAGAUUUAAGAAAUAAGACAGCUUAA